AUGCAGUCAGUUGAAGUAAAAGGUGCUCCAGAAAUUCCAGGAGAAGGAAAACCAAGACGUAACGCUUGCUCUCCUGAUAAAUUGCUGGAUUUUCCUCCUGAAGCAACUACUUUAUAUGAAAAUUUUUUGCACGGAGUUAAGAUAUCAGUCGCUCAACCUUAUGUUUGGCAAACAUAUUCAGAAGUUCAACAACGUGUUGCAAAUUUUGGUUCAGGCCUAUGCAAAUUUGGCUUGAAACCUAAAGCAUCUCUUGGAUUCUUUUCUAUUAAUACUCCAGAAUAUGUUAUCGCUGAACUUGCCUGUAACCAAUACAAUUUUGUAUCUGUACCACUUUAUGAUACUUUGGGCACAGAAGCGCUUAAAUUUAUUAUUAAUCAGACAGAGUUGGAAUUUGUAUUUACUACUUCAAAUAAAGGUCGAACUCUUUUAGAUAUGAAAGAAUCAAUACCAACUCUUAAAACUAUCAUCACCUCUGAUGAUGCAGAUCAAGAUUUUAUAGAUCAAGCUAAUGGAUUAAAAAUUCAAGUUAUCGAGUUUAAGACUGUAGAAAAUGAUGGUAAAACUCAUAAGGCAGAAGAAGUUAAUCCUAAACCUGAUGAUAUUGCUACUAUCUGCUACACUAGUGGUACCACUGGAAUGCCUAAAGGUGUAGUUUUGACUCACAGGAAUUUAAUGGCAAUAGUUUGUAGUUUAAUAUUCCUUGGAGAAAAAGGAAAAAUGAUAAAAAUUACCAAGGAUGACGUACAUAUUUCGUAUUUACCAUUGGCUCAUGUUUAUGAAAAAACAAGUGCUGCUACAUUUAUUUAUGCUGGUUGUGCAAUCGGAUUUUAUCAAGGCGAUACUUUAAAAUUAUUGGAUGAUAUUGCUGAAUUGAAACCGACUAUAUUUAUUUCUGUACCAAGGCUACUUAAUAGAGUAUAUGAUAAAGUGUUUGCUUCACUUAAAGGAAAAAGUAAAGUAGCUCAAUGGUUGUUUACAACUGCGUAUAAUGCCAAAAAGAUUGGCUUAUCAAAAGGUCAAAUUGAUCAUUGGUU